CGGAGGUGGACUUGUCCAUCACCCAACCUGAAGUCACAGAGCUCUUCAAAGUGGAUCAUUGUUGGCCAGUUUGCAAACAGGAUGCACCAGCAGUGGCGUUUCCUGCAACCAAGCGAGGACGUGACAGAGGUGCAGUGGGACCUGUCCUGGAUAGAGAUGUCCAAUCUGUUGGAUAAGCAGUCAUACCCUGGCCCUUGAAGGAUCACUCUCACCUGAAGCAUAUACAGUAGAAAACCUCAUCCACUCUGACCUCUGGAAAGCAGUGGGUUGUGUCCAGUUGGUCAUAACUCAGCCAUGAAAAAAUAAAAGACCAGACAAAAUGGAAAACAAUUUUGAAAACAACUGUCAACUCAACUCAAUCAACUCUUCAGGGGGAAAAGACAGCAGCACCCUGCCUGAGGUCAGACUCGUCCUCAUUGGUGAGAGAUGGUGUGGCAAGAGUUUAUCAGGAAACACCAUACUGAGAAAGAAGAGGUUUGAGUGUGGCCGAACCAGAACAACUCAGUGUGAAGUGAGACAUGAAGUGGUGGAUGGCAGGAAGUUCAUUGUGGUCGAUGCUCCUGGAUGGAGCACGUCUCACUCCCUCCCAGAGAUCCCAGAGGGAGAAAAGCAAAGGUUUAAGCUCAACGCCUCCAAAUGUCCGCCCGGACCACAUGUUUUUCUUCUUGUUAUCCCAAUAGAUAUCGCUUUCUCAGAAGUGCAGAGGAGGACUGUGGAGGACCACAUGAAGCUUCUGGGAAACCAAGUGUGGAGAUACACCUUGGUGCUGUUCACCUGUGAGGAUUUUCUUGAGGGGAAAACAAUAGAGCAGCACAUUGAUAGUGAGGGAGACGCACUCAAGUGGUUAAUAGAAAGAUGCAGCAACAGGUAUCAUGUGUUUAAUAACAAAGAAAAAAACAACUCAUCUCAGGUCACACUGCUGCUGGAGAAGAUAGAUGAAAUGGUGUGGAACAACAGCAACAGUUACUACAAGAUCGACGAACAGACAUUUAACGUCAUCAAAGAAAAGCAACAGGAAGUGGCUGAAAGGGCGGAAAUGAGAAGGAGGAAUGCUGAGAAACAGAGACAGCAAAUGAAAACACUUAUUCAAGAAAUAAAACCCAUGACAAAACUUCAGAUUAUUCUACUGGGAAGCCACAGCGUUGGGAAAACCUCAGUAGGGAAUACCAUCUUGGGAAGCAAAGACAAAGGAGGUGGGAAAAGAACAGCACACUCUGCAGCCCACCAUGGUUUUGUGGGUACAACUGAAAUCACUGUUGUCGACACGCCAGGUUGGUGGAAAGGCUUCUCUGCAUCUGACACUCCUGAAGCGAUCAAAGAUGAACUGAGGCGCAGCGUGUUCUUGUGUCCCACCGGGCCCCACAUCUUCCUAGUGGUGAUAGCUCCAGAUGCAUCCUUCAAUGACAGUCAUUUAAACGCAGUGACCACACAUGUGGAGCUUCUCGGGGAAGAAGUGUGGAAACACACUAUUGUAGUUUUCACCAGAGGAGACUGGCUGGGACCGCACACCAUAGAGGAGUACAUCGAAGGGGAGGGAGAGGCCUUACAGUCUCUAGUUGACCGAUGUGGAAACAGAUAUCAUGUCAUUGAUAACAAGAAUGCUGAUGGUGGUACUCAAAUCACAGAGCUGCUGGAGAAAAUCACUGGGACUGUAGCUGAAAAUGAUGGGGACAUUUUUGUUCCUGAUGAAAAGAUACUCCUGGCCAUUGAAGAAAGAAAACAAAUGGUAGAAGAAAGAGCAAGUCUGAGGCAGAGUCAGGUCAAGGCCAAAAGAAAAUCUGUUAAAGGUACAGUAUGGUUCAGAGUCAUUUGGCAUUAG